UCUAUCAUAUACACAUACGUAAUCACCCGCGCUCGGCACCAGGCUAGGGUUUUCUGUUCCUAUCCCUUUCCCUUUCCAGUUAGGGUUUUCCCCGCUUCUCUCUCUACCAGAGCCUUCGGAUUAGAUUCCGAGGAUGACGGGAAAGGCUAAGCCAAAGAAGCACACAGCCAAGGAGAUCGCGCUGAAGAUCGACGCGGCGACGACGAAUCGGGGCGGCGGAAAGGCCGGGCAAGCGGACCGUUCGGGCAUAGAGAAGGGCGGACACGCCAAGCUGGAGUGCCCGCACUGCAAGGUGACGGCGCCGGACGUGAAGUCUAUGCAGAUCCACCACGACGCCAAGCACCCGAAGAUCGGCUUCGACGAGUCCAAGCUCAACAAUCUUCACGCCACGGUCGCCACCAAUAGCGCCGACUCCUCCAAGCCCCGCCCCGGCAUCCGAGGCAGCCACAAGAAUUAAUGUAGACGGCUUGUGACUGAAGAUGUCUGGAUUUACAUUGACUUGAACUUGGUUCAUAUGUUUGUCUAGUUCUUUUAUGUUUAUGGUUGAGUUGAUUGAUGUGAAGGACAUAUAUUAUCUGGUUCAUAUUAGAUUCUGCUUACUUGUUUUUGUCUUAGUUGGUGAAGACUUUGUGUCUAUGUAUCUCCUUAAUGGCAACUGUUGCUGAGAAUGUUGUGGUCAGUGUGGUAAGUUGUUUUUCCUCCGAUCUAUGGAAUUGGAGUUAUGGCAACUGAAUAAAGUUUGAAUCUGCUCUGUUCUUGUGCUUUA